AUGCUCAAUCUUUCCCACUCGGGGAUCACAGAGGUUAACUCGUUACUGUCUGCAUCUCUGGAGGAACUGGAUCUAAGUUAUAACUCUCUGGAGGUAUUCGAUAACCCACUGCAGAGCCUGAAAAAACUUUAUUUGUCUAAUAACCGCCUCACACGUCUCCCCUCUCUGGAUAGCUUGUCUCAUCUCCAGCAGCUGAGCGUGGACGGUAACCAGCUUACGGUCUUGAUUAGGGGGGCAGGUGCUGAUUUGAGCGCACUGGAGCAGCUUGACAGUCUCCAUGCAGCAAGGAACCCUUAUCAGUGUGAAUGUGGCCUUAAAGAGACCAUCACCUUCCUGGAUGACACAGACAGUGUGUCCGUGGAGGACCACCCUGACUUUCUGUGUGCCACACCACUGGCCCAGCAGGGGGCUCAGAUAAUGAAUUUGUCUCUUGAGGCUUGUGAUAAGAUGAGCAAGGGUAAAGAGUGUGUGGUUAUUGGUGAGGACGGCCGUGGUGUGGACUACAACUUGGGCAAGGAUGAGGAAGCAAAGUCCUUCUCCUUUGACCAAGUUGUGACUGCGGACAACAUCCAGAGUUUCCACCAUGAGCUCCUGCAGCCUCUAACUGAGUCCACAUCCAGCGGUUCUAAUGGAGCGCUGCUGAUAUGUGGAGCCUCCACAGAGAAGAUUAGCACUCUGAUUGACUGCAGUAUCAUUAAACAGACCUUGGCGAAUCUGUUCAGUCGUGUGUUGUCACGAGCGGAAGAGGAGUCGUUCAUCUCUGUGUCGUUCCUUCAGUUUUACCCAGAUGGCAGUGCUGUGGAUCUCCUGAGCCCCAACAGGCACACUCUAAAACUUGUGAGACACCCUGUCCUUGGAAGUCUUGUAGGAGGUUUAUGUGAGGUGUGUGUGUGUUCAGCAGAAGAAGCCUUCACUCUGUAUGAAACAUGCAGGGAGACACUGAAGGCCAGCGCAGGCUCCAUUUCCAGCAGAUGUAGUUCCCUGUUCUCGGUGGCCAUUGAGCGGAAACUUCAUCCAGAGGAGGUGGAGUCAGAGGUCUGCCGCAGCAGACUGCAGCUGUUCAGCCUGGCAGGUGGAGCCAGCAGGACUGACCUCAGAGGAGUCAGCCCACUGGUGAAGAUUGUGGACCAAACCCAAUGUGAAGCCGCAACAAGUGACAAGCUCCUCCAUUUCCUCCUGAAUGAGGCCUUAACAGGAAACAGUAGGACGGUCCUCAUCUACUGCAUCCACCCUCAAGGUCUUCUCGAUGACGAGACCCCCUCUGCAUUAGCUGUGGCUCAGAAAGCCAGAAGUUUGGUAACGAAGGCCAGCCCCGAUCGCUGGUGUCCAAGGGCAACCGAGCAAGAGAUCAGAGACGACAUCAUGGAUCUAAGAAAGAAGAUGAUGUCACAGGAGGACAAUGAAGUUCACAACACCUACAGGCUGGCAGAGCUGACCCAAAACCUGCAGAUUGUUAAAAAUCAGUCAUGGGAGAAGAGGAGGGAAGAGUCAAAGAAGAUAAAGGACAAAACACAGAGCUGUCGGCCCUCACGUUGCAUCAGAGAGAUUACAGACACAAUGAAAUACUUGCAAGAUCAGCUGAAACAAGAAAUGGAAGAACACAUCAGAGAAGGAAAAGGGAAUGCAGAAAAAGUCCAGGAGAGAGUAGCAAGAAUCCAGCAGCUGAGGGAGGCUCUCAGAGAGGAGACACUGAUGAACGGGGCCGCUACAGAGAAAUCUGACCUCUGGCAACAAUCUCAGUUGGAAAACAGCAAAGCGCAGGAACGGAGGCGGCUACUUAAGGAGGACCAUGGGAGAUUAAUUCAGGAGGAGGUGGAGAAGAUGGAGAGAGACUUGGCACAGGAGCUGACAGAAGGCCCCCAGAGAGAGCUGCUGGUGCUGACCAGAGAGAGGCAGGUCCUGGUGCUGCAGAUAGAGGCCCUGCGCGCUGAGGCCCAGCAGGCCGAGAGAGACCUGCAGAAUCAAUAUCACCGACACCAAACAGAGCUGCAUUGUCUAAGAGAAGAGAGCCUGCAGGUGUUCAGGGUGUUUCGUCAGGUAAGUGAGGAGCAGAGGAAGAUGUCAGAGGGCAGAUACAGAAGUGUGCUGCUGGAGGCUGUGCAGGACGCCGUCUACCUGUCUGCCCAGAACCAGCAGCUGCAGGCUGACAACAAACAGCUCCGUAAAGCACUGGGAGAGUUAAAGGAUACUCUAGCUGUGCGAGGUGAUCCUAAGGCUGAACUGACCCAACAACAAUGAACAUGACUAAAAGAUGUCUAUAAAUCAGUGUGCUGAAUGUAAGUCAUGAGAAAUAAAAC